AACUUCUCCUCAGCAGACAAAAACAUGGCGUUACGGGAGUUAGCAUCGCUAGAGAAAUACCUGGGCCUGAGAAAGCCGAAUAAAUACAGCACACAGGGGGAUAAGAAGAUCCCCGUGCUGCAGAACAACACCACAGCUCCACUGGUGGGACUGGUGACCAUCGCCUGUCACCUGGUGAAGGAGUCCAAACGCCCAGAGCUGCUGGGUGACACAGCAGACAGCAGGGCAGUGGUGCAGCAGUGGUUGGAGUACAGGGUGACCAAACUCGACAGCUACACCAGGGAGGACAUCAAGACCAUCCUGAAGGACCUCAACCUCUACCUGCAGGACAGAGUGUUUCUGGCAGGAAACCACUUCACCCUCGCUGAUAUUCUCAUGUGCYACGGCCUUCAUCCGAUCAUGGUGGAUUUGUCCAUCCAGGAGAAGGAGGAGUACAUGAAUGUUACCCGUUGGUUUGAUCACAUCCAGCACCACCCCAGUGUUCGACACCACCUCCCUCCAGUAGUUGUCCUCAGGAACAGAAUUUACAGCGCUUUACGCCACUGAGACCCCACAUGGCCCUCCAUCACCUAAAAUACCCAACCAGAUGUGGUACGACACUCCUAACCCUCAGACCAGUCCGGAGCUGGUGAUCUCCAGCCUUUCUUCCACCACAGUCACAGAUCAAGGACGUUCCCACUGAGCCAUAUCAGUCUUGUCUUAUUACUGAUUUGUCUGCACUAAAGAGUGCUUUAAAACAAACUAGUUAAAUUCAGUGUUUUUAGCAGUCGAGCUAACACUAUUUAUUCUGCCGUCUUAACCCUUUUCUUUAGUGUGAUGAGACGUUUAUGUUCUGACAAUAUUUGUCAGCUGUUUUCAUGGUUUCAAAGGGAAAGCUGUAUGAGGGGUGUACUGCUGCUAACCUGGUCAAAAGAUGUUUUCUCUUUGUUUAAUCUGAGCCUGACGGGUCUUUCAGGUUAGAAAACUUGACUGGAGCAGUUUUUACAUGCAGCCGCAGUAACUCAUGUCUUAGAUGUUAUAAUCCCACAUUGUUCUAAUUUUGCAAUUUUGUCUUAUUAAAUCUUUUUUGGCUCGUUUCAGUCUUUCGAA